AUACAGUGCUACUUCUGUAUUCAAAAAGCAAUUUAUAGUAGAAAUAGAGCUGAUAUUCUCAAGAGUUCCCUUUAAAGAAUUUUUUGAAUACAUUAUAGGUGAUAGAUUCCGCAGUAUAAUAGAUGACGCCUGGUGGUUUGGGACAGUGGAGAGUCAACAGCCUUUUCAACCAGAAUAUCCUGAUAGUUCUUUCCAGUGUUACAGUGUUCACUGGGACAAUAAUGAGAGAGAAAAGAUGAGCCCCUGGGAUAUGGAGCCAAUUCCAGAAGGAACUGCCUUUCCAGAUGAAGUCGGUGCUGGUGUUCCUGUGUCUCAGGAAGAACUGACUGCUUUGCUAUAUAAACCCCAGGAAGGAGAGUGGGGGGCUCAUUCCAGAGACGAGGAAUGUGAACGAGUUAUUCAGGGCAUCAACCACCUUCUUUCCCUGGGAUUUGCCAGUCCUUUUGCUGUUCCAGUGGAUCUCAGUGCCUACCCCUUGUACUGUACUGUAGUUGCUUAUCCAACUGACCUCAAUACUAUCAGACGGAGACUUGAAAAUCGUUUUUACAGGAGAAUAUCAGCAUUAAUGUGGGAGGUACGCUACAUUGAACAUAAUGCUAGGACUUUCAAUGAGCCAGAUAGUCCUAUAGUUAAAGCAGCCAAAAUUGUAACCGAUGUCUUACUUCGAUUUAUUGGGUAAGAAGCAUGUACUGAUAUAUUGGAUACUUAUAAUAAAAUUAAAGCAGAAGAACUAAAUAGCACUGAUGCAGAGGAGGAUACAGAAAUAGUUGAUUUAGAUUCAGAUGGUCCUGGUACUUCAUCUGGACGAAGGGUCAAAUGCCGAGGCAGAAGACAAUCUUUAAAAUGCAAUCCUGAUGCUUGGAAAAAACAAUGUAAAGAACUGUUGAGUCUUAUUUAUGAACGUGAAGACUCAGAGCCAUUUCGACAGCCAGCUGAUUCUCUUUCUUACACAGACCAUCAAGAGCAAGAAGGAGAAUCCUCAGAGUCAGUUGUUCCAGAAAGACAAGAUCUAUCUCUUUCUGAGGAUUGUCAAGAUGUUAUUGACUCACCUAUGGACUUCAGCACUGUGAAAGAAACUUUGGAAUCAGGAAACUAUGGUAGUCCUCUGGAAUUUUAUAAGGAUGUUCGCCAAAUAUUCAGCAACUCCAAAGCUUAUACUUCUAAUAAAAAGUCAAGGAUCUAUAGCAUGACACUGCGAUUAUCUGCCUUAUUUGAAAAUCAUAUUAAAAAUAUCAUCUCUGAAUAUAAGUCAGCAAUCCAGAGUCAGAAGAGGAGAAGGCCUCGGUACAGAAAACGUCUAAGAAGCAGCAGCAGUUCAUUAUCUAGUAGCAGAGCUCCUAGCCCGAAAGGGAAGCAGAAACAAAUGAAGUUGCAGCCUAAAAAUGACCAGAAUACCUCAGUGUCUUAUGGCAGGACUAGUUCUCCUUUCUCAUCUCCUGUUUCAGAUGCUGUUGAAGGACUUUCACUGUAUUUGCUUGAUGAUGAAGUAGAUGGGCAAUUUUCUUCAUCGAGCUUCAGUGGAUAUAGCCGAAAUGGAAAUAGCCAUGAACCAGGGAAAGCCAAAUCAUUUCGGAAUAGAGUUUUACCAGUUAAACAAGAUCACUGCCUUGAUGGACCUCUUACAAAUGGUGAUGGCAGAGAGCCCUGGACAGGAGUCAAGAGAAAACAUAGUGCAUCAGAAGAAGAUGAAAGCAUGGGAGGAGAAGAAAAAGAGAUAAAAGAAACAAAAGAGAAAUCACAUUUAUCCUCCUCAGAGAGUGGAGAGUUAGGAUCCAGUUUAAGUUCAGAAAGUACCUGUGGUUCUGAUUCUGACUCUGAAUCAACUUCCAGAACAGAUCAAGAUUAUGUAGAUGGAGACCAUGACUAUAGCAAAUUCAUACAAACCAGACCUAAAAGAAAACUCAGAAAACAACAUGUCAAUGGAAAAAGAAACUGGAAGAUGAGAGGCACAGGAGGAAGAGGCAGAUGGGGAAGAUGGGGUAGAUGGAGUAGAGGAGGCAGAGGAAGAGGAGGCAGAGGAAGAGGGGGUCGAGGAAGAGGUGGAGGUAGUACUAGGGGAAGAGGGAGAGGGAGAGGGGGAAGAGGUGCUUCUAGAGGAGCCACCAGAGCCAAACGAGCACGUAUCGCAGAUGAUGAAUUUGAUACCAUGUUUUCGGGACGUUUCAGUAGACUUCCUCGAAUUAAAACAAGAAACCAAGGCAGGAGGACUGUUUUAUAUAAUGAUGAUUCUGAUAAUGACAACUUUGUGUCCACUGAAGAUCCUCUGAAUCUUGGUACAUCCAGAUCAGGCAGAGUACGUAAAAUGACAGAAAAAGCCAGGGUUAGCCAUCUCAUGGGAUGGAAUUAUUAACCAUUAAUAAAUUUAGAAUAAUUUAAAAAAUUCAAUGGCCUUCUACUGCAGGGAAUUUACCAGGAAAUCUACAAAGCAAGUUGUGUGGGGACUUCUGCUUCCUUUCACAUUGGUGCUUUUCCAUUAUGCCAGUAUACAUUUGUUUCAAGACUUUUGAUCUCCACACUUCAUUUGUUCAAACAAGCCUUACUCAUUAGGCCUUAAAUCAAAAGAAAUUCUGCCCAUACACAAACACACACACACACACACACACACACACACACACGUGCACAUACGCAUGCACACACACCAUAGACACUACAGAUUUACUACAUUAAAGGAGCAUUCUGCUUCUUAAGGGUAGCAUGACAUUUUUAUCUCAAUGAAAUAUCCCUCUUUUGCUUUUGUAUCACAGACGUAUAGCACCUUCUUACAGAGUUUUAUAUAGUUUUUUUUUUUGCCAUUUUGAUUCCUAUACCCAGUAAUAAUAACUUUUGCACAAUACACCAAUCCUAAAGGCAGCUAUUAAAUGUUUACAGUUUCUAUAUUGUAAGAACGAUCUGGAUUAUUUUACGCUUCCCAGGCCAAACUUUCAUGAACUGUACUGAACUGAAGUAUAUAUUUAUACUACAGUUUUUUGGGGGGUGGGGGGUCUUGAUAUGCUUUUCAUUGAUUUGCUUAAUUAACGUUAAAGGUGAGAAAGGGUUGGUGCCUUGUAAAUAUGUAGCGAAUCAUUGUGGUGUGUCCUGAUGUGUGCAUUAACUUUAUUAAAAGAGAAUACUUGAGGUAUCAAUCUAGACAAGGUGCCAAAUGCAAAAGUUUCUUGCAUCCCUUUUCUUUUUCCUGUUAUAUUUUAUUGCAUUAAUAAAACUUGUGUAGCUUAAAGAAUAACUUAAACAUUUGAAAAAUCCUCAUCCACAAAGAAUAACUUCCUUGAAGAAUAGUAGCUCAGCUACCUCUAUUAAAACUACAACUACUGGAAAUGUUAAGAAAAAUACAUGCUGUUACUCAUUACUAAGGAGAAAUAGAGCAAGCUUGGUAGAAAUGAAUACUCUUAAGUUAUAAACAGAGAGGUUGUUAAUUAUAUUGGCUGUCAAAUUAAUAGCUGUAAUUAACAAAAUUUAUUAAGCAUUAUAUGCUCUACCAUAGGCUUUCUUAGAACAUAUUCAUGUGAGUAGAUUUGGGCUACUGCUAAUACAUCUCUGCUACCACUUAGUAUUUCACAACUGUGAGUUACUGGUUUUCAUUUAAAUCUUAAAAUGAAACAAAGCACCUAAUUUGAGUUGGGUUGUUUUGGCUAACUAAUGUUUUGAAUCAGCUUUAAUAGGUUCUGUUCUCAUCAUUCCAAAGGAUUCUUCUGUUCUAUUCUUUCAGAAAAGAACCUCAUUGCACUGCUCACAGAUUUUGAAUCAUUAUUUUAU